AUGCGGCAGCGUCGGUGGUUAGAGUUGAUUAAAGACUACGAUUUACAGAUCCAUUAUCACCCUGGUAAAGCCUACACGGUUGCAGAUGCUCUUAGUCAGAAAAAUAUGGGAGAUUUGGCUAACCUGGUUACGGAACAAAAGGAAUUGAUAAGUGAAUUGGAUAAAAUGAAUGUGGAGCUUGUGAUACAUGGACAGGAGGUAGUAUUAGCAGUAGUAAUGGCCCAACCGACUUUACUUGAAGAGAUCAAGUUACAUCAAAUGGAGGAUGAUACUCUAAAAAAGUACAAUGCGGAUAAACUGGCGGUACUCUAUGUGAACGAAAUUGUGAGGCUUCAUGGCGUUCCAGUCUCAAUUGUAUCAGAUAGAGAUCCAAAAUGGACAAUCCAAGAGAAGGAAACCCAUCUACCGUUGGUAGAGUUUGCGUACAAUAAUAGUUACCAUUCGACUAUUGAAAUGGCACCCUAUGAAGCCCUGUAUGGAAGACCGUGUCGUUCUCCCGUGUGUGGGGCUGAAGUAGGAGAUAGAUCAUUGCUAGGGCCUAAAAUUGUGCAGUUGACAACUGAGAAGGUCACUCCGAUGAAAGGACAUCCAAGAUUCGGGAAAAUGGGUAAGUUAACACCCCGAUAUGUUGGUCUCUUUCAAAUUUUAGAAAGAGUGGGUCCAGUAGCUUACCGGGUUGCCCUUUCGCCACAUAUGAGUCAAGUACAUAAUGUGUUUCAUGUCUCUAUGCUUCGUGGAUACCUUCCGGAUCCAUUACACGUCAUUGAUUACCACCGAAUUGAGUUGGAUGACAAGCUAACUUAUGAGGAAAAACCAAUCCGUAUAUUGGACAGGCAAGUGAAGCAAUUACGAAAUCGAGAAAUUCCAAUGGUAAAAGUGGAAUGGCAAGAACAUUACGGAACCGACGCGACUUGGGAAAGAGAGGAGGAAAUGCAACACCAGUAUCCACAUUUGUUUCUACCCUAA